AUGGCUCGCAUCUCACGCUUCUUCGCGUAUCUGCACUCCCUCCUUAUUCAAGUGCCUCAACACGGCUACCACAACAUCUCACGCGUGAUCCAACCGCAAAUGCGUCAUCUUUCGGAAGGGUUCACGGCCAACUCUUCGAGUCGUAUGAUAAACAAGGGUAUUGAGCUGCGGCCGAUGAAGCCGAAGGAGACCGUGUCGAAACGGCCAGAGAUGUCGAAACCUCAAGAGUGA